UAUUCAUUUUUACAAAAUGAUAAAAGCAGUACGUAAACCAUCGCGUGACGUCCAGAUCGGGAAGUUUCCGCCAAAGAGAAUUCCUAAAGAUGUGUUAAUGCGGACACUCGAAAUUGCGUCUUCUUCUGUUGAUGAAUUUUGGCUAAACAAAAACUGCUCAUGCUCCCCACCUGCUAAUUGUGAACUGUACAAUGUCAUGAAUCGCUCGAUCACCUAUCAGAAGCUAAGUUUGUCUCGAAAUUUCGCAAUGGUGCGGGACUGUAAAAACGUGGAAAAAAUGCUAACUUCUAACGUUUUUGGCGAGAGUUUACUGAAAAAAGGUUCCUAUCCGAUAUUCUCAGAAUACGCAUCUUUAAAUCUAAAAUUUGAUAAGCCAAGGAUGGACAAAAAGGCUGACACCUAAGCGAACGCCUAGCAAAAAAAAAAACAAAAGUUCGAAAUUGUU